AAUACCACUCGAAAGAAGAUCAUCCGGUUUUAAAUCCACCUUCCGAAUAUUUUUGCAAAUCUCUUUCGCUAUGUUGGGCAUAUUGGAGUAUUUGGUGUAGAACUAUUAUUCAACAUAAUAAG